UUUCUCGCUUGGUGGGGCCAUACCACCGGUAGCCCACCAACGGUAUGAGGCCAUGAAUCCUUGUGGGGCCAAAAUGCUGGACCCCAAACCGUUUAUUGAUUUAAAAUAGCUUAGGAGCCUUCCCUGAUACUCCUCAUGCUUUUUUUUUACUUGGCCCACAAGGUGACAAAAAGUGGAAAUGUGGGUGUGAAGUGUGUGUGCUUUCUGAACCCCUAGAGGAUUGUUCAUGCCACUGCAGCAUGACACACACUUCCUGAAGUGUGUGUCAUAUUAGCCAAUGAGACGCCUUUAACAUCAAGCGUCAUAGUCUCGCGGGAUUUUACAGGAUUUUGAUUGUGAGCUGAAGCACUUGUCAUAACAACACAGAGCGAUGCGCUGUACUGACUGAAGAACUUUGCACAUAAGAGCCAUGAUGUCCAAAAGGAAGUCCAGGAUAAAGCCUGUCGAAGAUGCAACGUCGUACAUUCUGUCUUCCAGAGACAAGCCAUGGUUUGCAGAAAGAUUUAUCAACAAUAUCAAAGGAAGAGGAGUGUUUGCUACCGAACCAAUUGAGCAAGGCUCUUUUGUGUUGGAGUACAGGGGUGAAUUCAUAUCAGUGGAAGAAUGCCGAUCAAGGCACUACUCAGAGACACAGAGUACAUUCCUGUAUGAAUUUCAUUGGCAGAAACGCCAGUGGUGUAUUGAUGCAUCCAAAGAAGAUGGGUCCCUUGGAAGAUUAGUGAAUGACAACCACAAAUCUCCAAACUGCAUCAUGAAAAAAGUUAUAGUAAACAACAAGCCACAUUUGUGUCUGUUUGCUGUGAAGAACAUAGAAAUAGGAAGUGAACUUGAUUACAACUAUGGUGAUUCAAAAUGGCCAUGGCGUAAAAAGGUGACAUACAAGCAGGCUCCUGCAGCAGCAGAAGAAGAGAUGGCUGUGCUUCCUGUUAAUCUAUCUUCCCACGAUGAUGAUGAUGAUGCUAGCCCAAAGGUGACAUACAAGCAGGCUCCUGCAGCAGCAGAAGAGGAGAUGGCUGUGCUUCCUGUUAAUCUAUCCUCCCGUGAUGAUGAUGAUGAUGCUAGCCCAAAGGUGACAUACAAGCAGGCUCCUGCAGCAGCAGAAGAGGAGAUGGCUGUGCUUCCUGUUAAUCUAUCCUCCCGUGGUGAUGAUGAUGAUGCUAGCCCAAAGGUGACAUACAAGCAGGCUCCUGCAGCAGAAGAAGAAGAGAUGGCUGUGCUUCCUGUUAAUCUAUCCUUCCGUGGUGAUGGUGAUGAUGCUAGCCCAAAGGAAUUUACUGUCAGAGGAUCAUCCCUGGUGGAUUAUUCCGACAGUGAUGAAAGCAAUGAGAAUUGUUUAAAUGACCAGCCAUUGGGUCCACACUGUGAUGAAGUUGUUCCAAAGUUGAGAAGGACAAAAAGCAUUCUGAUGAAAACAGUUCCAGAUUUUUCUGAUGAUCUCUACGAUUCAAGUGAUGACGGUACAGAGGGCCCUUCAACUCAGUCCAAGUCUGAGAUGGCUUCACAAAGGAUGGAGACAUUACAAGAUUUUUGUCAACCUCUUUGUGAUUCAAAUGAGAGUAUUGUGGAAGAAACCGAUGAUGCGGAUUCCAUAAAGGACCAUUCCGAUGUGCAAUCAGACAUUGAAGUUGUUCCAAAGCUGAGAAGGACAAAAAGCAUUCAGAUGAAAAAAGUUCCAGAUUUUUCUGAUGCUCUCUACGAUUCAAGUGAUGACAGUACAGAGGGCCCUUCAACUCAGUCCAAGUCUGAGAUGGCUUCACAAAGGCCAAGGAGAGGCUGUUACCGUCCUAUUCAAAAGAUUCUUGUAGGAUCAGAUGCCUCAAGUGUAGAUAGUGGAGAGGAGUAUGUUCCAGGUCGAAUGGAGGAGAGCACAGACAGUGACUGCAGCUUGGAAAUACCCAUGGAAAAUAAAAAUAUGAACAAAGUAUCUACUAGUCCAAAAAGAUGCAAGCCUUCCAGUAAGGAUAGGUUCAAGUCUUCAAGUCAGAGCACAUUUAAGUCUUCAAGUCAGAAAAACUUUGAGUCCUCCAGCCAGAGCCAGUUUGAGUCCUCCAGUCGGAGCCAGUUUGAGUCUUCCAGUCGGAGCCAGUUUGAGUCUUCCAGUCGGAGCCAGGUUGAGUCUUCCAGUCAGAACCAGUUUGAGUCUUCCAGUCGGAGCCAGGUUGAGUCUUCCAGUCAGAACCAGUUUGAGUCUUCCAGUCAGAACCAGUUUGAGUCUUCCAGUCAGAACCAGUUUGAGUCUUCCAGUCGGAGUCAGUUUGAGUCUUCCAGUCUGAGUCAAUUUGAGUCUUCCAGUCAAAGCAAUUUCAUCUCCAGUCAGAGCAGCAGCUUUGAAACAAGCAACGGUCCUGCUGAAAGCAAUUGCAUGAAUGAAGAGAAGGUGGGGCAAACAUGUACUGAUGAGGAUGCUCUUGAAAACCAUGAAAACAAUUCAUCCGUCUAUGUGAAUCCAGUUUUGAAGAAGGAGGAUGGUUCAAGACUGUAUAACAAGAAGCAUCACUGCUUUUAUUGUAAAAAAGUAGUUCAAAAAAUGUCAAGACAUUUGUUGCGUAUGCACAAUGAUAAAAUUGAGGUUGCAAAAGCAUUCAGUCUUCCAAAGAACUCAAAAGAAAGACGACUGCACUUAGAUUUCAUCAGAAACAAAGGAAACUUUGAACAUAACACUGAAGUUUUGGAGAGCCAGAAAGGAAAGCUCAUCCCAUUCAAGCAACCAAAGAAAAAGACUGAGGGACAAGAAUUUCUACAUUGUGUGUACUGCUAUGGACUGUUCACAAAGAGAGUGAUGUGGCGCCAUUUUCAGGUUUGCAAAUUCAAGCCUCAGGACAAGACAUCUAAAGCAGGGAAAACAAGGGUCCAGGCACUGUGUGCUUUUGCUGAACCUGUUCCACCUGGAUUUAGUGAUGCAUACUGGAAGUUCUUGAAUGAUAUGAAUCAAGACAAGAUUGCAAUAGCUGUAAAGCAAGACAGCUGCAUUCUGGAAUACGGCUACAGACUGUUCAAGAAGAACGAAAGGGUAAUCAGCCAACACCAAUACAUUCGACAAAAGCUGAGGGAGCUUGGCAGGCUGCUUCUGGCAGCAAAAAAAGUUGCACCAGUGAAGACCGUAAAAGAACUUAUAAAACCUGAGAAGUAUGCUCAUGUUGUAACUGCCGCAAGACACUUGGCGGGAUUCAGUGAUGAAACGGGCAAAUAUAAAUGUCCAUCACUGGCCCGCAAAGUUGGACACAGCAUGCAUGCUUUGGCUAUGUUUAUGAAGUCUGAAGGAUUAAAGGCCAGAGAUAAAGAAACUGUCCAAGAUGCUGAGGAGUUUGCCCAGCUGUACCAGGAGAGUUGGAAAUUUGACAUCGCCAGCCAAGCACUGAUUCAGCUCGACCAGUCUAAGUGGAAUUCUCCUCAGCUGUUACCAUUCACACAGGAUGUCCAAAGUCUUCAUGUCCAGCUGUCUGAAAAACAACAGCAACACUUAGAUGCCCUGAAAGAAGAGGCUUCCCCCUCAAAUUGGAAAGACCUGGCCAAAGUGACCCUGGCGCAAGUCAUCCUCUUCAACCGCCGGAGAGAAGGAGAGGUAUCGAAAAUGCCCUUGUCUGUGUACUUGUUAAGAGACCAAUCAGAAACACAUGACGAUGUUAACUUGGCCCUUACAGAACUUGAGCAGAAGCUCUGCAAACAUUUUGUCCGGAUAACCAUAGUUGGAAAGAGAGGAAGGAAGGUCCCUGUUCUCCUCACUCCACUCAUGAGGGAAUCUCUUGAUAUUCUGGUUUUGAAGCGAGAAGAAUGUGGGGUACUGACUGAAAACAGUUUCUUGUUUGCGUUGCCUCAUUCUGUCCAUCACCUCAGGGGUUCUGACUGCAUAAGACAGUUAGUGCAUGAAUGUAGUGACAUCAAAAAUCCCACAGCUCUAACCUCAACAAAACUCAGGAAACACAUUGCAACGCUCUCUACUGUACUGAAUCUGAAGAACACAGAACUUGACCAGCUGGCAGAUUUCCUUGGGCAUAACAUUGAUGUACACAGAAAGCACUACCGCCUUCCAGAGGGGACCCUCCAGCUUGCCAAGAUAAGCAAAGUCCUCCUGGCAUUGGAACAGGGACGACUAGGAAAAUACAAAGGAAAGAGCCUGGAUGAAAUUCACAUCGAUCCAAAUGAGACUGUUGAAAUUGAGGCCUGUUCACAAGAGGACAUGGAAGAUGCCAGUAUGGCAGAAGCCCAGGGGUCGGAAAAUGAGACCAGCACCACAUCACUACAAGAAAGCACCUUUGCCCCAAACCAGAGGAGGAAGUUUGCUAAAAAGAGAGUUGCUAGCAUUACAGAGGCACAGGAGUCAGAAGAUGAGGACAGUAUGAUGUCACUGCCAGCCAGCACCUCUGCAGCGUCUGCCCAAAACCAGAGAAGUUCUGCAAAAACUAGAGAAGCCAGGAUGGCAGAAGCCCAGGAAUCAGAAGAUGAGGCAAGCACUGCAUCACUGCAAAAAAGCAUCCCUACAGCGUCUGCCCAAAACCAUAGGAGGAAGUUUGCAAAAAAGAGAAGUAAACAAACUGCUGUUAAAAGAAACUGGACACCAGAAGAAUGUGCUGCAGUACGACGACAUUUAAAGAAAUUCAUUGUGAUGGCGCAAGUCCCAGGGAAGGAGGACUGUCAGCGCUGCAUCACUGCAGAACCUCAAGCUCUGAAGAGCCGAGACUGGAGGGCAGUGAAAUACUUUAUUAAAAAUCGAAUUUCUUCUCUGCGAAGAAAAAUAGAGUGAAAGUGUUUCACUGAACAGGGUAAAAGAUAGGCUAGUAGGAGGAAGUUCUAUAAUAUUUGACAUAGCCCUACUGGAAGCAAAACAAAGCUCAACAAUGUUUUUAUAUUCUCUGAAGUCUCACACAUAUAAAAUAGAUUCUUGCAUUAUAACAUAAACUGAGCUCAGGUGCACCAAUGUCCCACUCAGUCUGGCUGUAUUUAUUCCUGAAAUGAUUUAGGGAAUGUGUUACAGUAGUCAUAAAUUUAACCACUUUAUGUUAAAAUAUGUUUAUAUCAUAAUCUACUUCAUAUAGCUGAGACUGAAGAGGAUCUGAAAACAUGUUUGUGCUCUGUUUUACCUCCGGUAAGGACGUCUCAAAUACUAAAGUACGUCAAAGUCUCCAAUGUUAUCAUGUUUUUAUGUUAUAAUGUUGUGUUUUUAUCAACACAAGGAGCUGUUUUCCUGUUACCAAAGCUCAUUGUAAUACUCAGCACUUGAUUUGCAGCAUUAACAGUUUUCUGCAUACAUGUUAUAAGUUAUUACAUUAUGAGAAAAUUAUAACAUAAACUAAGCAUGCAGCAAUUCUUUUUGUACUUUUUUCUCAAAAUAACAAAACUCUGGCUUACUUUAUAUUAUAACUUUUUAAUAAUGUAGCUUAUUUCAUCAGGCACAUUACGCUGUUGUAAUGUAAUGUGUUUAUUGUUUUGUAGUAUGUUCAGAUUAUAACAUAAUGAGCUUUUAUUACACUAAAGUAAUUGCAUUAUGUGUAGUUAAUUACAUUUUUUAAGUUAAAUACACAAUGUGUAGUUGUUGUUUUAGCCAUUGCCUCCAGUCAUCAUAAGUUGGUUUAGACAGAGCUGUUUUUGUUGUUGACUUUACUCAGACCUUAGUUUGUAUUAUUAACAUUUAAAAUGCAAAUAUUGUCUGACAGUCACUCUGUCUUUAUCCACAAACAACACAUGCUCACUGAAGACAAAAUGUGUUGCAGAGUUCAGGGAAUGUUUUCUGUAAAAAAAAUGACCGAUGGUAGUUCCAGAAUGAAAAAUGUUAACCUUAAAUAAGAUAAAGGGGUUUGUUGUCAAGAAAAGUCACCAUACUUUAGAGAGUUUUCAGCGGGUGAUUGUUUUUUAAUCAUCACAUCACUGCUGUGUCUACCUAAUGUGAGGAGAGGAGAUGCAGGAUGUAAAUCUGAAUGUAAACCUCUGCUGCAGCCCUGCAGUUUGUUUGUUAAUAAAAAACAAACUAAAGAAACAA